UAAUCAUUUGUGCACGUUUUCAUUUUUAUCAUUUGAGGACUGAAGACUUUAUCAUAAUGCUAUCAGUUUGAUACACGGUAUAAGUUUCCACCUGCUGGACUAUUGAUGAGCACUUGUGAACAAAGAUCAUUCAAGUCGAGCUGGAAGAAUAAAGAUCAUGAUCUAUACAUAUUUGCCUGUAUUCUUGCUUCUGUUUGUAUUGUCUGAUGCAUACCAACCAAAAAGAAAUUAUGACCCCGACAUCCUUAUGCAAAACAUGAUGACCAGUCUAUCUGGAGGUGAACAUAACCAAAGACCCAGGGUGUUUGGAGAUUCUUGGGGAAUUUAUAUUCAUAAUCCUAAUUCAUAUUUACAACAUUAUGGAGAACAUAAUUCGGUAAACAUUGGUGACAAAUUAGUUAAUAAUCAAGCAUCUACUGAUAUGAAAAUGAACGCAAUAAAUGGAGAUAACUUCAAAAAGAACACAAUGAAAAAUUAUAACAUGAACGGAGUAUCUUCGGUGGAGAAGAAUUCUGCAGCAAAUACAAAUAAGUAUAUUUUCAACCCAAAUACUCUUAUUCAGCAGCUUAUGCACAAUUCGCAGAAUAAUAAUUACGACAUGUUAAAAGAUUACUUGCCAACAAAUUUCGUCCAUCAAACAAACCAAGCACAUAAAGAGGAUACCAAACAAAAUAAUAAAACUGAGCAUACCGAGACUUCCCGACAAGGUACACCAGCUAAGAACAAAAGCAUUUCAAAUAUUAAUAAUUUGCCCAAGGAUAAGACUGAAAAGCAAUUAGAUUAUGCAUUUAAUGGAAAUUCUAAAAGUACGCAUGAAACAAAAAACAGAUUUGAUGCAGCUCAGUUAAAUAAACAAAUGAUGAAAAUUACGUUUUCUCCGAAUAAUUUGAACGCAAACAUAAAUGGACUUAUUAAAAAUGGAUCAGUUAAUGAAUUUGCGGACAACUCAAAACAAUCAUCAAGACAUGGAACAUUUCAUUCCGAUGCCACAAGUCUCAAUUCCAAAAUGUUACGUAACGCCGGAUAUAAUCCAGUUUAUGUAAAUGCUGCUACAGGUUUAAAUAGAAAACAUAAAAGAAGGGGUAGCGAUUUUAACCCAAACACCAUUAUGAGUAAAUAUAUGGCGCUCAGAACAAAUGGUAAUUUGUUUGGAUCUUAUCACCCGAACGACAUGCUAAACGAAAUUACUUUAUUUUCAACAGAAAAAGAGAACAGUCAGAGACCAUUAGAGUUUGACCCAAAUGGUCACAGCAUGUUUCCUUCAGUUCAGCAUACUGAUUGGGGGUUCUCAAAUUAUAAUCCAUUGCAUUCACUGGAACAAUACAAUGGUCGCAAUAAUGACAAGGGAACAGCUGGACCUAGUCAAGAAGGAUUCAACCCAAACAAAUUAAACGACCACUUAAUGGAAAUUCUUAAACAAAAAAUGACAGAAACUUCAAAACAGCAAGCUGAACACAUUGUCAAUGGUUUUAAUCCUGAUACAUUAAAUCGUAAACUUUUCCAUAGUCUGGGAUAUAACCCUGGUACCGUUUCUAUGAAAACAAGUGUACCAAUGUUUCAUGAGAAUGUACCACAGCCCUUCACAAUUAAGUCAGAAAAUGUAACUCAGCAAAAUGGGCUUCCUGGUAUAGGCACUUCCAAAGUGUUUGGAGAAACAAAAUCUUCUACUCCGUCACAAAAUGGGUAUGUUAAAAAUACACAUUCUCUUUAUGAAACCACAGGAACUAUAAUUUUAAGCGGAAUCCAAACACAACAGGUUACUCCUAGUACAUCAACAAAUCUUCAAAAUAACCAUGGACAAACACAAAUAACAAAUAGCGGUGCUGGCAUUAAAAAUCAUAAUCUUAAUUUUGGAGUCACAAACCAAAACAGUGCACAAGGAGUUAAUUCAAUUUUCAAGGGAAACAUAAUUUCACAAACUGGGGCUACUAAUACAGCCAAUGCGCAAGCAACAGGAGUAGGGUCUUUAAGUGGAUCUGUGCAGACUGAAGGGAAUGGCUACCACCAAUCUAUGUAUCAGCAAGGACCAACACAAGGUAUGAUAAACAAUACCUCUGUGUUGACAGGAGCAGGUGGUGUAGUAAGUCAAACUCAUGCAGGGGGUCUGGGUAGCACGACCGUUCAACACACUGGAGUAGCAUCAGGUAAUGGACAAGGGCAAGGUAUUGUGUCUUUAGGAUCGAAUACAGUAUCACAAACUGCAACAGGUGGUCUCGGGUCGACAAGUGUUGGGCAGACUGGUAGCGGCUCCACUGGUUCAAAUGUUAUUACGCAGACAAAUGCUGGUGGCCUUGGAUCUAAUACUGUAUCCCAGUCCGCGGCAGGCAGUCUCGGGUCAACAGGUGUUGGUAAAAUUGGAAGUGGAUCACUUGGUUCAAAUACAGUAGCUCAAACAAAUAGCGGAGGUCUCGGGGCUGAUACAGUAUCUCAGACUGCAACCGGUAACCUUGGGGCCAAUUCCGUUUCACAAACAAAUACUGGAGGAUUGGGAUCUAAAACUGUGCAGCAGACAAAUACUGGAGUCGUUGGCUUUACCUCUGUUUCUCAAACAAGCAAAGGAUCAUUAGGGUCCAAUUCCGCAGCACAAAGCGGUGCAGGAAGCUUAGGAACCAAAACUAUCCAGCAAACUUAUGGGUCACAUACUAUUACUCAGGACGGAGUCGGAAAUCUAGGAAAUAGUGGUUCUGUUGCACAGACAGCAGCUGGGUCCUUAGGUUCAAAUAGUGUUAAACAGACAUCAGCUGGAAGUCUGGGAGUAAAUAAUGAAUAAAUAAUUGUGAAUUUUCAGAUAUAAUCCAUGUUUA